GUGCUGGCGGGAUAUCCCUUCUGAGCGCCCGACGGCGGCGGCACUUGCAUCUCGACUCCAAGAAUUGCAAGUUUUGGAUCAUUCUGACAUUUUGGUAUGAGCCUUGUACAAAGCGGUGAAUACGACUGAAUUAGACUCCUCUGAUGGAUGCGGAGGAACGAUACCUCGAUAAUAAUUAAGUUGGUGUCAAGUAGAACGAUUAUGUAAACAACGUAUCCUCUCCUUGUUUCUUGCCACUGCGGUGAAUAUCAACGAUUAGCAACCCUCACUCGCCUCAUCGCCGUAUCAAAAGGAUUUUCAAAUCCAACUUCGGAACCGCAGGAACAUCGAGUCAGAGAUAUGGACGUGGGAGAUAUUGCCAGCCUCGAUCAGUGAAUCUGAUGCUACCCCGGCCUGUCUUUGCUUCUCUGCCUUUUACAAUCACCGCCGUAUUGUGAUACAGAACAGAAUCAUGACAGAAACUGCCCUCAAGUUAACCGGCUUCAAAGUGUUGGUCUUUGAUGUUUACGGGACCCUUGCGGUUCGUAUUCUACUUGGAAUUCAUUGGCGAGUGUCCAUCGGUCUCAUGUUGUUCGCAGGAUUGGGAGAGCGGCAUUUAUGACGCGAUGCAGCCUCUGUUAUCUCGCUAUCCUUCUGCAAAGUGGUCUCGUGCAGACGCGCUGAAGGAAUUCGAGUCGGCAGAAAAGGACAUCCAGGUUGCGCAGCCGGACCUUCUGUACACAGAUGUCCUGGCAAGGGCUCACGAGGUCUUGGAAAAGCGCCUAGAUAAUCUCUACGGCAAGCCUACCAUUCCAGACAUUCCGGACGCCCAUGUUGCAUUUGGCAACUCCAUCAAGGACUGGUCCAUUUUCCCCGACAGUUCCCGGGCACUCCAUGACCUCGCCAAACACUACAAACUUGUCGUCUUAUCGAAUGUCGACCGUACCUCAUUCGCCCAUACACACGCUAAACUUUCUACCGGCGAUCCGUCCGCGGUCUCAUCGCCCUUAUACGCCUGCCCCGAGCCUAAACCACAUGGCUAUUGGUUCCCUCAGAAAACCACAGGGUCUCAAUCCCCCUUUUCUCUCAUUCUGACGGCACAAGACGUCCACAGUUAUAAACCUGCGCUUCCCGGAUUCCUCACGGCCCUUGACGUCAUCCAGAAAGAUCUUCUGGAUGUUCCCACCCGGCAAGAUACGAAGGAAAAGGUACUGUGGGUGGCACAGAGCUUGUUCCAUGACGUCGAACCUGCUAGCAGUCUGGGAAUACGAAGCGCGUGGAUCAACCGGCAGGGAGCUUCCAUGGGAGCUGAUGAAGGAAAUCAAAAGUGGACCUGGAAAUUUAAAACCCUGGGAGAGAUGGCAGAGGUGGUGGGAAGAGAAGCGGGAGAAACUUGAUUAUAUUCCAUUUCACCGCGACAGCCGGUACCUUUGAUCUACCGAUUUACCGUCGUUUCCAAUGUUUUUGUCUGAAGUACUCAGCUCGCGUGUGUGACAUGGUGAAAAUAAGAGCUUCAGUGAUGUAUGAGAAAUUCGGUGCUUUUCAUCUUUUGUUUCUACUCCUACUAUGAUGAAGAACAUUAGCGUCUAUUUACUCGCUCUCGC